GGAACGUGCGCAUAUGGAGCCGACGCGUACGCCGUCGCUUCCCCUCUUUUGCCUCCGUCCCCUUGCUGUGCCCCUUACCCGGCGCUAGAGAUCGUUUCUUCCAUGGUGGCUCGGUGGUUCCGACCGCAGAGCACAAGGAAUCGCAAUCGAGUUUGAUGCCCGGAAUCGAUUUGGCGGGGGAGGAGAGGGGAAUAUGGGAGCCGGAGCCGAAAAAGCCGAUCUUUAGGGGCUUUUCGCCCCUUGAGCUCGGAUCUGAUCGCGGGGAGGGAUGGGUUGCUUCCCGUGCUUCGAGUCGAGGCGGGGAGGGGUGUUGAAUCCAGGGAAUGGGAGGGACGAUAGCCGGGAGGAGCACCCCAUGGUUCCUCCCCACAUCGAUCGUUCGUCCUCGGUAGCUGAUAGUGUGAAUCAUCGAAGCAAUUCAGGCUCAAAAAGGGAAGCGCAGAGUGAGAAGGAUGUGUCUAGUGUUAACAUUUCAGCACAUACAUUUACCUUUCGGGAGCUUGCAACUGCAACUAGGAACUUCAGAGAUGAGUGCUUUCUAGGAGAAGGGGGGUUUGGGCGGGUCUACAAAGGGCGUCUUGAGAGCACUGGUCAGAUUGUGGCUGUGAAACAGUUGGAUAGAGAGGGCCUCCAAGGAAAUAGAGAGUUUCUGGUGGAGGUACUGAUGCUUAGCCUGCUGCAUCACCCAAACCUAGUAAAUCUAAUAGGUUACUGUGCUGAUGGAGAUCAACGUCUUCUUGUUUAUGAGUUUUUGCCAUUGGGAUCUUUGGAAGAUCAUUUACAUGAUCUCCCGCCUGACAAGGAACCCCUGGACUGGAACACAAGGAUGAAAAUUGCUGCAGGUGCAGCUAAGGGGUUGGAAUAUCUCCAUGAUAAAGCCAGCCCACCAGUCAUUUAUAGGGACUUCAAAUCGUCCAAUAUAUUAUUGGGUGAGGGGUUUCACCCAAAGCUCUCAGACUUUGGUCUUGCAAAGCUCGGUCCAACUGGCGAUAAAUCUCAUGUGUCAACGAGGGUGAUGGGCACCUAUGGCUAUUGUGCUCCGGAGUAUGCUAUGACUGGACAGCUGACAGUUAAAUCUGAUGUUUACAGUUUUGGAGUUGUACUUCUGGAGCUGAUAACAGGGCGGAAGGCCAUUGAUAGCGCAUUACCACAUGGUGAACAAAACCUUAUUUCCUGGGCAAGGCCCAUGUUCAACGACCGAAAAAAACUCCCAAAGCUUGCCGACCCUAGAUUGCAAGGCCGAUUUCCAAUGCGUGGGCUUUACCAAGCACUUGCUGUAGCAUCGAUGUGCAUCCAAGAACAAGCUGCUAGCCGUCCUGGAAUUGCAGAUGUCGUCACUGCUUUGUCCUACUUGGCAAACAAAGCUUAUGAUCCGAAUGCCUCGCCUGCCUCUAGUAACAGAUCUGGGGGUGACCAUGAUGAAAGAAGAAUCCGCGGAGGGAGUGGAAUGAUUACAAAGAAUGAGGAAGUGGGAGAUUCUGGCCGAAAACGCGAGCUAGAAGGAUCAGAGAAAGAGGACUCACCAAGGGAGAUGGCUGGGAUCUUCAAAAAGGAUUUUGAUCGGGAGAGAGCUGUGGCAGAGGCAAAGAUGUGGGGAGAGAAUUGGCGGGGGAAAACACGAGCCAGUUCACGAAAUGCUUCAAGUGCUAAUAGCUGAAGCUGAACACUUCUCUUCCCAUUUUUUUCCUGUACAAGAGAAGUGGCAAAUUAUAGCAAGUACCUGUUAACAAGUUAGCUUAUUUUUCCUUAUCUAAUUCCUUUUUUCAUGGGAAGAGAAAGAAAACACACUCUGCAUCCGGUAAAGAUGGGUAAUGACUGAAGAGAGUAUCGGGAUUUCUUGUGCUUGUUGUAAGUUCAAGAAAUUUUUGCAUGUUGUAUUUUGCCUUUUCUUCAUCCUGACUGAAUAACUUGUGGGAAGGUUUUAUCCAUCCCAAUUUGAGUAGGCAGGCUGUUUCGAUUAUACUCUAAAACCUUCCUGCAUCUGUUGUAGAAUUGUGAAGGCAAAUGUAUCUGAAUCAAAGAAAUAGAACUCUGUGCAUCAUCUUUGAAUA